UUCUGCGACAUCACGGGCACGGCCCCUCCAACCGCGGCGCUCACACCGACCGCCACGCAGUCUUCCCGCGCGGUCCACACGUGCGUCAAGCGUGCCUUCACAUCGCCUACGAACGUUAAAACGAAACUGAAACACUUAAAAGUGCGCCGGGAAUCAAUCAAUUCACGUAAUAAAUUGUGCCAAACUGUGAACAUCGAGAUUGGGACUCUACAUACAGUGCAAACUCCAGUGCCCAUCAAUCUUAUGUAGCAAUUGAAUAUUAUUUUCUUCAUUGAUAGACUUAUUAGAUCUUCCGUAGCACCGGAAAGCGGUUAAUUAAUUAAUGGAAUUAAUUAAAUUGUUCACAUUUGUCGGAUAAAAUUUAGGACAAGUGACUGAGAAUAUUUAAAUGCGACCAGAAAACCUCGAGUCGCCGCUGUCAGCUCCACGCAACAAGACCAGCGUGUACGCUAUGAAUGAUCAGACUUUUCACACUCCAUCAUUCGGCGAUGAGGAAUUUGACAUCCCUAUGAUGCACGGACAGCAUACAUCGAGCGCGGCCGUGCAGAGCACGCAUAUACAGUACGCCCAACUACACCACGCGGCGCCACAGGUACGUAAACAGGUUGGUAUGAUGAACCCGGCACAAGAUGGGCUGGCACCUCCCGGUGGUGCGCCUUCCUAUCAACAACCUUUAUACUUACAAGAACCACACACACCUGUUACUACUCACAGUGGUGCCGGUGCUCCUGCUGGUAAUUAUAUGAUUCAGCAGCAACCUGGAGGCCAACAAAGAUUAUUGAUGAUGCAGCCGACUCAAGUGAUGAGUGGACCUCCUACGCCCAGCACUCCAACCCAACCGUCGGGACCUGUCUAUGGCUCACCACAGAGAGCUUCACCUCCAGGAACAACCAGUGAUGACUCUGAUGACAGUGUACCUUCACAUCACUCACAGUUGCCUGGUGAUGCGGAAAGCCUUCUGCCUAUCCAUUAUUGCUCAGCGAGCCGGCAGCAACAAACUACGCUUCAUCAGCAGAUGGGAGUUAAUAAUAUUGGUGUAAAACGAUCAUCUCCUGAACCUAUGGAUAAUGGCAUGAACCGAGGGCAAAUGCAGAAAAAACCUAAAGUCCAAAAGAAAAAGAAAAAACGAGACCCAAAUGAACCACAAAAACCUGUAUCAGCAUAUGCCUUAUUUUUCCGAGACACUCAAGCUGCAAUAAAAGGGCAAAAUCCUAAUGCUAGUUUUGGUGAAGUUUCGAAAAUUGUAGCUUCUAUGUGGGAUGGACUUGAUUCUGAACAUAAAAGUGUAUAUAAGCAAAAAACAGAAGUUGCUAAGAAAGAAUAUCUUAAAGCCCUUGCUGCUUAUAGAGCUAGCCUAGUAUCAAAGGGAAGUGACCAAGAAAAUCAAGCAAUGUACAAUCAUCCCAACAAUACUAAUACAUCAUAUAGUAACUAUUAUCAAGGACAAUCAUAUGGCAGUGGUCAUUCCCCGCAAGGAUUUGUAACAAAUUCUGUACCACAAGGAUACACCCCACAGAAUUAUCCUGGAAACCAAGCUCAAACUGCUUAUCCUGGACAAACACCACAAGGCUACUCCAAUCCCCAACAAUCACCACAGAGCUAUCAAGGAAAUAUGGCACACGCACCACAGACAUAUCAGGGUGUGCCAAGUCAGCCCCCACAAGGAUAUCAAGUCAACCCUGCCUCCUCACCCCAAGGCUGCCAACCAAAUAUAGCUCAGUCACCUAGAAGUUAUCAGCCAGCACAAUCUCCAUCAAGCUAUGCAGGGAACUCUGGUCUUUCCCCACCUGGCUACAGACAAGUUCAGUCACAGUCUCCUCCGAUGGGAUCUGUUCAUCCAGCGAUGCAAUAUCACCACUCUCAACAGCAAAUACAACAAGCUCACCAGCAGAUGCAACAAGCACAUCAGGUACAAUAUCAACAACAGCAACUACAACAACAGCAACAACAACAACAGCAGCAGCAGCAGCAACAACAACAACAGCAACAGCAGCAGCAGCAACAACAACAACAACAACAACAACAGCAGCAACAACAGCAGCAGCAACAACAACAAUCACAACCAACAUCUCAACAAUCAACCCAAAAUCAAGUUCCAAAGCCUGAACCACAUUCGCCAAACAGCAAUGGUAGUUCUGGCAUGCCACAGCAGUCACCAGAUCAAAAUGAAAAUAGAAGCACAACAUCAUGCAUUCGUCAGGGCUGUACAAAUCCAGCCAUAGCUAACAGCGAAUGGGAAGAUGAAUAUUGUUCCAACGAAUGUGUUGUUAGUCACUGCAGAGAUGUCUUCAGUUCAUGGGUGGCAUCCAACACCAACAACCAGAUGCAAAACUUUUCUGCAGUAAAAUGAAAUGAAUGUACAUAUCAAUAUUAACUGUAAUUAUAAAAUUAGUUUCUAUAAUGACUCUAGAAAUAUGUAAAUUAAGCAAGUUUAUUUUUACUUGUUACAAUUAUUUAGAGUAAAAAAAAAAGUUCACCAAUCAUCUCCUUUCAAUUAGGAGUAAGUUUUUGAAUCAUAAAUAUUAUAUUAGAUAUAUAUAAUGUUAUUAAUUUUACGCAUUUGGAAGCAUUUUAGUCACAAUUGAAUUGAUUUUAAAAAUCUUUAAUUUUCGUAACAAUGGCAUUAUAGUAACAAAAUAGUAAUAAUACCUCAAGUACAAACUUUUGAGGGGUUUGUAAUGAAUAAAAUAUUUUCCGAUUUGUAUAAGUACGACAAGUCAUAACGAACAAGCAUGUCUUUGUUUCAUAUCUGGGUGUAAGUGUUCUAAUACAUGAUGUUUUAUUACAUGGAGAUAUAAUAGUAAUAAAUGCUUCUACAAACAUAGAAUUAGUAGUAAAGUUACUAUUUGCUAUUAAUAGAAUAAAGUAUGAUAUCAAAAGAUCCUAUGAAAGUUAAAGCUAUGAUCUAAUUAGAUAUAAAAUACAAAGUGAGCAUUUAUUAGUUUACAUACAUAAAUUAUAUUCGCACUUUAAUUUAGAAAAUAACUGAUUAUAGGUAUGCCUAAAGUCUACCAAUAUUGAUAAAUAAAGCAAUCCUUGCCUUAUGUAUUAUAAUAAUGUGUAUCUUAGAAAUAAUUUACUCAUAAACUAGCUCUGAGCUCGAAUAUAAAAGGCAUGUCAUUACGUAUUUGUUUGAAAAUAUAACAUUGUUGUUUAUACCUUUCAGUAUUGUUAUUGUAACGUAAUUAAAGCUAGCAUAUUAAUAAUAAAUCGAUAAGUUUUGAUAGAAAUGACAAAACGUUUUUUGCAAAAUUAUAAAAAAAAUAUUUCAAUUGCUUAAAUGAUAUAUUUCAUUUCGCUUUUUGGCCAUCUCAAUCAAUAUUGUCUUGAUUCGUUAAGCGUUUUACAUUGAUUAAUGUAAAAUUAAUGUACAGUUCUAAGAUACCUACAUAGCAAUAUUUAAUUUUCUACUAGUUGCGUUUAGAAUUAUAGGAUUUAGCUGGACCAAAAUUUUCUUUAUUAAAAUGAAAGAUGUUUAAAGAUAUCUAAACCAUAAGUCUUAUGUAUAUUCAAAGUAAUAUGUAAAUAAACACGCAAUAAUAGUAGUAGGUACUUAGAGUAGAAACUACUUAAAACAUUAUUCCAGUUUAUGUUAUUUAUUUCGUAAACUUGUUAGAACUUUGAAUAGAUAUUCUAGUAGGUAUCAAAAUAAUCUUUUAUAAGUGUAAUAU